GAUUGGAACAGAAAGUAGGCACCACAUGAUUGCACCAAGGCUGCAUAUAACACACGGCGGGGUGGAACAGGCUUAAUCAAGGCGGAACUACAUGGCUGAGCUCUGAACGGAAGCAGCAAUGGCGGAGAACCCCGAACCCGAGAUCCCCAAGCUGACGUAUGACUCUUACUUACAGGUCACGGCUUUGUUGGGUACCCAAAAGACAAUAUCUCCGGUCCAUGAUGAACACUUGUUCAUCAUUGUUCAUCAAGCCUUCGAGCUCUGGUUCAAGCAAGUUCUUCAUGACGUCGAUUCUGUCAGAAAGCUUUUUCACGGGAAGAGGUGGGAUGAAAUCCCAUUACACACUGUGGUCAACCGCCUGCAGAGGGUUGUGCUCGUGUUGAAGCUGGUUGUAGAGCACUUCCAUAUCCUGGAGACGAUGCCACCGUUGAACUUCGUUGACUUCAGGGACCAUCUGACCGGGGGAUCUGGCUUCCAAAGUCUCCAGUUUCGGAAGAUCGAGAAGCUUCUUGGAAUCAAAGACGAUGAACGAGAAAAGUACGAGGGUAAAGACUAUAAAGACAAGAUUGACGAAAAAGACAAGAACACUCUCAUGGAAUACCCAGAAGAACCUGAUGGAGUCACACUCCUAGAUGUUGUGGAGAGCUGGCUUGCUGAAACACCGGGAAUAGACGACAAGCAGUUUUGGAAAAGUUACAGCAAAUACCAGAAGGAUGACCUGGAAUGGCUGCUUGUCGAAAACAAGUAUGCAGAGAAAGAUUUCUGGCAAAUGGGUCGUCAGUCGCUGCAAGGAGCCCUGUUCAUCAUGCUGCACCAGGACCAACCUAAAUUCCAGCUGCCGUACCAGGUCCUCACACUGCUGAUGGACAUAGAUGUCGCCCUCAUGAAGUGGCGGAGCACCCACAUCCACAUGGUACACAGGAUGAUUGGCCAGAAGCAGGGCACUGGGGGCACAGAAGGCACUUCCGGCUAUAAGUACUUGAGAGAAACCUACAAUGACAACUACAAAGUUUUCCGGGACCUCUUCAACCUGGCCACCUACUUGAGACCACGAGAGGAAAUCAAGAAAUGCUAGAGCAACCCAGAAAUCGGAUCCGACAUGAUGUGAUGCUGAUGACCCAAGGCUGGACCAACCUGUUUUAACCUGGACAUUGCUCAUCCUAAUUGAAUUCAAAUACAUAUAUUUGUCAAGUAAAACUAAGAAUCAUAAGACAAGACAACGCUUAUUUUAAUACCCAUCUCUGUAUGAGAAAGCAUAUCACAAAAUAUUGUCAAGAUGUAUACGAAUUUAUUACACAAGUAUACUGUGGUGGUCAGUUGUCAAGCAUAACCAACAUAUAUAGUCUGGUUUUAGUAUUUAUAAUGGUGGGUUUAUACAUGAAUUAUUUUCAACUUGAUGUGCACAAUAUGCAUGCAUGUAUAUAUGCGAGAGCUUAUAACAUAAUUCAGUUCAAAUCUACCAGAAUUUGUUAUGGGAGUAUGGAAAGAUGAAAGAAAUUGUAGAUUUAUUUCAGAUGGUUCACGUGCCGUUAGGUGCUGUACUGAUAUCAUAUCAUUUUAUGCAAUAGAAUACAUUGUUUGAAUUUUGAUCAUAGUUGCAACAAACAAAGACGUAGUAGUGAGUGCAUAACCAUACAUUUCGAAAAUUUGAAUUUGCCUAUGAAUUUAAAUUAUUUAAGUAGAUUGUUCAAUAAGUGUAGACAUAGGUAGAGAGGGGAUUGCAUAAUGUUCAGUUUUACAUCCAAGCGUUUGGAGGUCUAAGGCGUUUCUAAAACUGUAACCACAAACUGCAAGUCUUAACGUGGUCUUGGAUAAGGUUGGAUAAAGAUUAAUUGUUAACAUUAGCAAUAAAGCUUUGUUAUGACGAACUAUCAAGUAGGCUUUGGAACAUGUUUUGUCUUUAGUGUACAUAACGAGGUUUGGGUUUUUCUAUUCGUUUUAAUCUGAAAUAAAUUACACUACAUAAAUAUA